AUGGCGCUCAACCUCGAAAAGCAGCUGAUCUUCUAUGGAUCUUACCACAACAACCCUGUGAACGUCGCCAUUCACAUUACGUGUGUUCCGGUCUUGCUGUUCACCGGAAUCAUCCUGGCAUGCAACUGCCCACCGCUCUUCAGCGCGCCCGAUGCCCUCUCCCUCAAAUACCUUCCCGCUAAUGCCGGAACGAUCGGGGCUUUCAUAUACGCCAUCUUCUACGUACUACUUGAACCCGUGGCAGGCGGGCUGAUCGCACCGCUGGUGAUCGGCUCAGCAGCAUGUGGAAACUAUCUCCUCGGAAACUACGGAAUGAUCGUGAACUACUGGGCCGCCGGCAUUCACGUCGUGUCCUGGCUGGCACAAUUUGUCGGACACGGUAAAUUCGAGGGACGGGCGCCGGCGUUGCUCGAUAAUCUCGUCCAGGCUCUGCUGCUUGCCCCGUUGUUCGUGUGGAUGGAGAUCCUGUUCUUCUUUGGGUACCGCCCAGAGCUGAAGCAACGGUUCGACAAGAACGUGGAGAAGGAGAUUGCCAAAUUCCGUCAGGAGCAGCAGCAAAAGCGCAAGACGAAAUGA